GCACCUGAAGCUUCAUCUGGAGACGAGAUGAUGAUUCUGCUGCUGAUGAGCAUUCUGCCCAUAGACGGUUAUUCAACAAACAAGGAUGGAUGGAGUGUGUUUUAUCCUGAGAGAAAUAUCUGUGCUGUGAGAGGGUUCAGUGCCACCCUUCCCUGUAAUUAUUCCUACCCACAGAGCGGGUAUAAGGUGGUACAAAAGCUCUGGUGCUCAAUGGACUCGAACUCCAAAUGGUGUGUGAAACCACCGUAUGUUUAUGACAGUACAUUAAACGUCACUUCAGACUUUGUGUACGGUGGAGACGACAAAUCAAACUGUACUCUGUUCAUCCAGAAUGUAAAAUUUUAUUAUUCUGGUGAGUACAGAUUCAGAUUUAUAACUGAUGUUACUGGAGGUAAAUGGACAGGAGAUCCUGGAGUGACUCUUACAGUCUCAGAUUUAAAGGUGGAACUAAUCAGGCUCAGUGGAAACGGGACCCUUAAACCAGGGGACUCCUUAAAUCUGACAUGUCACGUGUACUGCACACACAGUUCCUCACAGACUGUUUGGUCCAAGAACAACCAGAACCUGGACAGAUCAGGACCCGUUCUUCACUUUCCCAGUCUAACUGCAGAAGAUUCUGGGAAUUAUACCUGCACGUGGAACAGCAGCGUGAGCUCGGGAUCUGAUACGAUCAGCAUUUAUGUCGAGGAUUCUACCAUUGCAGGUUUGAAAACUUCCAUCUUCAUCAUUAUGUUGGUGGUCAGUGGAGUGAUUUUGAUUGGACUGGUCAUGGCGGCCAUCAUUUACAACUUACAGAGAAGGAAGAUCAAAACUCCAGAAGAAAACAAAGGACAAAGUGGAGAGAAAACUCAGACACAUUUGGAUCAGGAUCAAGAUCAGGUUCCUCAGCCGGAAGUGACGUACGCGACUCUGUCCAUCAAAACCAACAAACCACCUGAAAAGAACGUUCAGGAUGAUCAGCAGGAUGAUUCUGUGAUCUACAGCGACAUUAAGCUCCACUGAUCCAGAAUUCCAGCUCAGAUACACACAGUGUGGAACUGUUCACUCAUCCACCGUUCUGACUCUGCUGAAGUACCUGCGUUUGGGUACUCGGUGGUGUGAUAAAGUAAUCGCCCCCGUGUCUGUUAUUGCUUAUUUGUCACACUGAAUGAUAUCGGAUCAAUAAACAAAACCUGAUGUCACACUGAGAGAACCUGAGUAAAAAUACACUCUCACACCUGUAUCACUCUCACAUUAAUAUCACGCUGCACCAUCUUCAGCAGACACCAAACGCUUUCCAGCUCUAAUGGAACCUGCCCAGCCGCGACCCUGACCAGGAAAAAGCUGUUGAUGUAAAUGAAUGAAAGCCGAGCUACUGGAGGGUGGUCCGGACCCACACUCUCAUACAGGAUUAGGACUGGACCGUGCUUGCAGGGACUCUUGAAAGUCUUGCAGUGAAUACAGUAAAUCCGAGUCAUCAACAAUGUCCAGAAGUGCCAGAGACUUUUAGGAAAUAAGCUGAGCUGAAACGCACCGUGUGUGAAAUGCACGACUCGACCUUUCAGGUUAUCAUUACCACGUCUUAUUUCUGAUUCGUUCCGUUGUUCACUGUCCGCUCCGGUUCCCCGUCGACACUGAUUCGUUGUGUGUUUACAGCUCUGCACUGUGUUCGUUUACAUUCGUUCUGUAUCCAUUACUAGUUUGUUUUCCUUGUUCUUAUUUCCAUCUCCUGUUCCUGUGUUGUAGUUAAGAGCAGUGGUAGCUCAGUGAUUAAGGUACUGCACUAGUGGUCUGUGUCGGGUCUAUUAAAUACCAUAA